UGGAACUGAGAAUUCAAACUUUCAGAUCAUUUUUAUGCAGUGGCCUUAGGAAACGUCGCAUCAUGAAUCCACUAAAAAGGGGUUAAAAAAGUUUUUCGGCAUUUUUUCUUUAGGCAAAUAUAUUUUUGCUGAACAUCAUACUAGGUCGAACUAACGCGCAACUAACAAACCUCAAGGUGAUGCCGGAUGGUCUGUCUCAUAAAAUCCUUAUCUGUGGAGAUGUCAAAGGGAAAGUCAAUGCACUAUACUCAAGGGUUUCCAAGGUUAUGAACGUCGCUGGACAGUUUGAUAUGAUGUUUUGUUUAGGAGACUUUUUCGGAACUCAAACUGAUGAAAUAAAAAAAUUAAUCGAUGGCAGUUUGGCAGCGUCUCUUCCUACCUAUAUCGUGUCCCCAUAUACAGAAAUCGCUCGAAAGUUUUGUCAAACGGAAUCUGGUUGUGAGCUUUGCAGUAACGUCACGUAUCUGGGUUCUAAGGGCACAUAUACGGCUAUGAGUGGUUUACGUGUAGUAUACAUGGCUGAGUGGGAACCUAAUUCUGAUAACUGUAAUCUGCCAUCCAGUUUACUCAAUGAGGCUCUUGCAGCAGAGGACAGCGGCUUUUUGGGCGUUGAUCUCUUGCUCACUUGUCAGUGGCCGAAACACGUUAAUAAACUAACUCUAUAUGAACUCCCUGACGGUUGUCAGCAAUGUAUUGACUCUUCCUCGAUUUUAAUUUCCCGAUUGGCUUAUCUCACUCGACCAAGGUACCAUUUUUCAUGUGGUAACGGAGUGUAUUACGAGAGGUCACCAUACAGAAAUCACCGUGUUUUACAAGAAAAAGCUUGUCAUACUACACGUUUUAUAUCAUUGGCAGAUGUGAAAAAUGAACGUAACCAGAAGUAUUUAUAUGCUCUCAAGUUAAUCCCGAUUGAUAAAAUGGAUCAUCAGGAUUUAAUAAAUCAACCUCCAGACGUAACAGAAAAUCCAUAUCGCGAAUUUGUUGACCAUAAACAUUCUUUAGAUAGAGAAACAGAGGUACAAACUGAGCAAUACUUUUAUAACAUGAAUACCAACGAAAAAUCAGGAAAUCUUACGAAAAAAGGCACUCUUCAAAAGCGCAAAAUAAACACUAAUACAUUGGAAGACACAGAUGACAACAAAAGACAACUUGUUGAUAAAAAUGAUACCAGUGAGGAAAGUUUUCAAGAGAAAAUCGACAAAAACAGAAAUCAUGCAGCUUGUUGGUUUUGUUUAGGUAAUCCACAAGUGAAAAAACAUUUAAUUGUUAGUAUUGGUACUCAAGCUUAUGUAGCAUUACCACGUGGUCCUAUUGUACCUGACCAUGCAUUAAUUUUGACUAUUGGUCAUCAUCAAAGCUGGAUUUCUUGUCCAGAAUAUGUUCGUUCGGAAAUUGAAGAAUAUAAAUCCCGGUUAAAACGUAUGUAUGCUGCACAAGAUAAAGCGAUGGUAACAUUUGAACGAAAUUUGAAAACCCAACAUUAUCAACUUCAAGUUGUUCCUGUACCAUUUUCAGUUGCAGCGGAGGUGAAACAGGUAUUUCUCGAGCUAUCUGCCAAUACUGAUUUUAGUCCAUGCGAACUGAAACCAGUUCCUCGACGGACAGAAUUAGAUGAAAUUUGUAGGGUUGGAAUUCCCUACUUUUUUGUUGAACUCCCUACUGGUGAGAAACUUUUUGGACGAAUUCCAAAAGAUCGUAUUUCCAGUGCGAACUUACAAUUUGGUCGUAUUGUUCUAACAGAUCCACGUAUUUUAAAUUGUCCAGAAAAAGCCGACUGGCAUGAUUGUAUAGAUGAGGAAGAUGAAGAAACUGAUUUAGCUAAACAUUUCCGAAAAAUGUUUUCACCAUUUGAUGUCAAUGAUGAUGAUAAUGAUAUUGAAUAAACAGAACCAAUUUUUAAAGAAAAUUUUUUUUUCCAACAGCAUUUUGUUUUAUUUUUUUUAAAAAAAGAACGAAUUAUUCAUUCUCUAAACUACCAUCUUCAUAUGUCUUUAACAAAUUCUAUUUUCUUGUAGUAAAUGACGAAAUAAGAAUGUAAAUUGUACAGAUUCAAUUUUCUUUUUCUAGACAAUACUACUAUUGAAUUAUUUUUUC